UUUCUCAGCGCAGUGCUUGUGUUCCUUAACCUCAAACAUACCCUCUUUUCCUUUUUAAAUAUCUAAAAUUUGCUCUGGCCAAACAUCAAUAUCAAACAUUAACUAUAUAAGAUGUUUAAUGCUUACUGUAAAAAACUUCCAGAAAUAUUUAAUUAUGUGAAGAAAUCUCUUCAUCAUUAUGAGCGUAAACAAUUUCUUCAUCGAACUCUGAGAUUGUCUCAUGGUGAAUAUGAAUGGCAGAAUGCAAAAUCAGAUAACGAAAUAGUAAACGUGAUAUUUAUCAAUAAAGAUGGGGAAAGAAUACCUGUGAAAGGAAAAGUAGGAGAUAAUUUACUUUAUUUAGCUCAUCGAUAUGAAAUUCCCAUGGAAGGAGCUUGUGAAGCAUCUUUAGCUUGUACAACAUGUCAUGUAUAUAUAAACAGUAAUCAUGCUGAUAUUCUACCGUCAGCUGAGGAAAAAGAAGAGGAUUUAUUAGAUAUGGCUCCAUUUUUGAAGGAAAAUUCUAGACUUGGAUGUCAGAUUAUUCUUACUAAAGAAUUGGAUGGUUUAGUAAUAGGAUUACCAAAAGCUACUAGAAACUUUUAUGUUGAUGGUCAUACACCCAAACCUCAUUGAAAUAAAGAUCUUGAAAAUUA